AUGUUCCUAAACAUCACGAGGUCAGUUUCAUAUGCCAAGCUUCGCUCGGAAGCCACUGCCCUGAAUCUGGCCAGUUCUUCAAAGUUUGUCCAUCAGCCCGUUCUACUGCCCAGGCAUAGUCGUGUGUGCAUCCGGUGGCUGGCCGCGAUCGGUAUUUUCGUUGUCUCCGGCUCACGUCGCUCAUACAGUCGUUCGUUCAUGCGUUCGAAGUUGGUCGACAGUGACACGAAAGAUAUGAUACAGAUCGUCGAAAACGUGACCACCACCACAGAUCGUGAACGCUCCGGAAGACACAUUGACAAUUUCAUCUGUGGAUGUUGCUGCGCAGAAUUCUACAGUAUGCCGGCUUUUCUGGUUCACAAGAAAGAGUGCACCAAGGAGUGGCCGGUAUUAGUGUCUCGCAGAAAUGGAGGUGAAACUGCAGCCGGAAGCGGAAGCGGAAGUCUGUCACAGAUCGACGAGCAGGGUCAACGCCAGCAACAGCAGCAGCAGUGUGUGGUGCAACGCGGAGGCACAUCCACGGAAUCGGAUGUGUCCGUUGUCGGUCGGGAUCACAGUGCUUGGUGUUGGGCCGCCUUUGCAGCUGAAGAAGCGCCAUACACUGCCACCUGCCAGGCGAACCAGUCGCCGAACGUUGUGCAGAUCCAGUUAGCCCUGGCUUCUCUGCAGCAACAGCAGAUGCAGCAGCUGAAGCUGAUCCAGAACAUUUACCGCCAGCUCCUGGGUGAUAGCGCGAGCGUGUUCGUGCCGCAAAGCGGCGAAGCGAAGGACGACUCCGCGAACAGAUUCACCGCCGCUAAAGAGUUCGGUACGACCAGUAGCGACACCGCUAUGGACACCUCCGGUCCUGUGGCCGUCACCUCACCAUGGGCAAUUAACGGUGUGGAGUACUAUGGUCAGCAGGCGAUUACAUCUUCGCAGCCGCGGUCAAACUGUCGGUCGGUCGGACUGGCCAGUGGCCGAGACAGAAGGAAAGUCAGUGCCUCGUUGGAGAAGUUGUACAACAUCAAGCACAAUGAGCUUAUGAAGGCACCGUUCGCCAGAUCUCAGUUCGCUGCCGGCAACUCAUCGGCCCGAAGUGAGCCGGACUUGUCGCGCACCCGGUCUUGUUCGUCGGUCGAGUCGGCGAGCAGAUACAUGGAGCCGCUGAACGCAGCUUAUUCGAACGACAGUAUGUCGGACACCAGCGCGCAAGACAGUUCCGCCGGCCACUUAGCCACCACAGUGGCCACUGAUUCGACCCCCAUAGAUCUCAGCCUGAAUUCAGAGUCAACGCAAACAGGCCAAUACUUUUGCGGUGUAUCGACUACUCAAGCUGUGCCCUACUACCGCAAAUACGAGGCAGUGUCGUUGCCCGAGUUCGUGCCCUGCUCCACGACCGCCGCCGCCGCCGUCAUGCUGCAAGAUGCCAAUGCCGCCGGCUUGUCAGCGAUGACAGAGGACGUCGACGAAGACUGGGAGUCAAUGAUGGAGAUCACGACCUCAGACGAGGCGGCAAAAAUCAAAAUGUUGGUCGGUGACAACGAUACAAAAGUCACCGAUCCAAAUCAGUGUAUCAUCUGUCACCGAAUCCUCAGCUGCAAGAGGUAA